AACCGAGGAAGUGCCUCGUGCCCGAACUAACAUUUGCCGCUGACGCGGCUGCGGAGGGUCAUUUCGUAUGAUCAAGGAGCUACACCCAGUGGGAGUAUCGCUGCGGCUGAGACGGGCGUACUAAAGCGAGGUUUUGAGGCUGAAGUUGAGUUAUCUUUCUUGUCUUAUACUGGGCGGUGUUUUCGAUUUACUGGCCACGACCAUGCGUCGGCUGCAUGUCCUUUACCGUCCCCUAAAGUUAUUAUUUCCCGGAGGAAGAACGAAGCCGUGGAGCAGGUUCAUUCCUUGCAGAUUGGCGUCGUUCAAAGCGGACGCGACCCUCCAAGAUGUCAAUAGCUUUGUUGCCCGAACCAAAACUUGCGGGGAGCUGCGAUUGGCUCAUAUAGGUCAAGAGGUCACCCUAUGUGGAUGGAUUCAAUAUAAGAGGCAUGAACAGUUUGUGGUUUUGAGAGAUUUCCAGGGACUUACCCAGAUACUCAUACCCCAGGAAGAGGCUGCUUCCUAUCUGAGAAAGCUCUUUUCUGAUGCUCCGGUUGAGUCUGUUGUGCGAGUGACUGGGGUUGUUAUUCCCCGGCCGCCUGGACAGGCAAACCCUAGGAUGCAAACUGGAGAUAUUGAAGUAAAAGCAGAAACUGCGGAGGUUCUGAACUACUGUAAGAAACUACCAUUUGAAAUAAAAGAUUUCUCUAAGAAAACUGAAGCACUGCGAAUGCAGUAUCGUUAUUUGGACUUAAGAAGUAUCCAGAUGCAGUAUAAUCUCCGGCUAAGAUCCCAGAUGGUGAUGAGAAUGCGAGAAUAUCUCUGUAAUCAUUACGGUUUUGUGGAUGUAGAAACACCAACACUAUUCAAGAAAACACCAGGGGGUGCAAAAGAAUUUGUGGUGCCUUCCCGGGAGGCUGGAAAGUUCUACUCACUUCCUCAGAGCCCUCAACAGUUUAAGCAGCUCCUGAUGGUAGGAGGUCUGGACAGGUAUUUCCAAGUUGCCCGCUGUUACCGAGAUGAAGGUUCAAAGCCAGACAGACAGCCUGAAUUCACUCAGAUAGAUAUUGAGAUGUCAUUUGUAGACCAAGCUGGAAUUCAAGCUUUAAUCGAGGGCAUGCUGCAGUAUUCCUGGCCUGAGGAAAAGGGGCUCUUCAAAGUACCGUUCCCUUCAAUCACCUAUGAUGAGGCACUAUCCACUUAUGGGACUGAUAAACCUGACACUCGUUUUGGAAUGAAGAUCAUUGAUGUCGGUCACAUUCUCAGGAAUGUGGAAGUUGGCUUUUUGCAGAACUCUCUCAGUGAGCCCCAUGCCACAGUGAGAGCCAUUUGCAUUCCCCAGGGAGCGAAAUACCUUCAGAAUAAAGAUUUGGAGUCCUUCAAUGAAUUGGCAACAUCCCAAUUUAACCAGGAUGUAUCAUACUUGAUUUUGAAGUCUGAUGGCAAUGUGAAGUCCCAACUUGGAAAAUUCCUUAAUGAAGAACAAAAAACGGAGCUCAUCAGAACAGUUCAGGCCAACUUGGAGGAUGUGGUGUUGCUGGCUGCUGGCCAACAAAGAAAGGUGUGCUCUGCAUUAGGAAAGCUACGCUUGAAGAGUGCUGAACUUUUGGAAGCAAAAGGUCUGUCACUUCGCGACCCUUCUGCCUUUCACUUCCUGUGGGUGGUAGAAUUCCCACUUUUCCUCCCAAAAGAAGAAAAUCCUGAAGAAUUAGAAGCUGCUCAUCAUCCUUUCACUGCUCCCCAUCCCUUGGACGAGCAUCUCCUUUACUCAGAUCCCAGACAGGUUCGAGGUCAGCACUAUGAUCUGGUAUUGAAUGGUAGUGAGAUUGGAGGUGGCUCUAUUCGAAUCCACAAUGCAAAGCAGCAGCGUUUCAUACUUGAGACAGUUUUGAAGGAGGACACUGAGCUGCUUUUUCACCUCCUUGAAGCUCUGGAGUGUGGUGCACCCCCACAUGGAGGAAUUGCGCUAGGGCUUGACAGACUGAUUUGUCUUCUAGUUGGAGGUUCAAGUAUUCGAGAUGUCAUUGCUUUCCCUAAAUCUUUCAGGGGGAGAGAUCUGAUGAGCAAUGCUCCAGAUUAUGUUGACCCACAAGAGCUUGAACCAUAUCAUGUGCAGGUUACAUGGCCUUUGACAGAGGCCAAAGCAAGGACUAACUGAAAAUUAUCCAUUCUUGG